UUUGUGCAAUCCUACCUGAACACAUGUGGCAGAGAAACAAAGUACAGAUCUCAGGAGCAAAUCAAGAGAUUUAGCGACACGACUGUGAACUUCAUACAUAUGCAGAACUGGAGUGUCGUAAAGAUAUGAACAUAUUGGACUCUAGUGGUGAGGAAGGAGUCUGUGUAGAAAUGACUAUGGUCUGUUUGAGUGAUUUUGAGGAAUAUGCCAAGCAGCACCUCUCAAAGGCUACAUGGGAUUAUUAUGAUGCUGGAGCUGAUGACUCUUGCACCAGAGAUGACAACUUGCUGGCCUAUAAACGGAUCCGCUUGAGGCCGCGGAUUUUACGUGAUGUGUCGCUCAAUGACACUCGGACCUCUGUGCUGGGAAUGGAGAUAAGCUUCCCUGUGGGAAUUGCUCCCACAGCUUUCCACUGCCUUGCGUGGCAUGAGGGAGAACUGGCCACUGCUAGAGCCACUGAGGCAGUGAACACCUGUUACAUUGCCAGCACAUACUCCACAUGUUCAGUGGAGGAGAUUGCUGAAGCAGCGCCCAGCGGCUACCGCUGGUUCCAGCUGUACUUGUACCGGGACCGUAAGCUCUCUGAGCAGAUUGUGCGCAGGGUGGAGGCACUUGGCUUCAAAGCUCUGGUGCUUACAGUUGAUGUGCCCUACACUGGCAAACGCCGCAAUGACAUACGCAACCAGUUUAAGCUUCCACCUCACCUGAAGGUCAAGAACUUUGAGGGUAUGUUCCAGGAGCAGGCUGGUUCCCAGGAGGAAUACGGGAUCCCUGCUAACACACUGGACCCGUCGAUCAGCUGGAAGGAUGUGUGCUGGCUCCAGUCUCUAUCACGGCUGCCUAUAAUCAUCAAGGGCAUCCUUACUAAAGAGGAUGCAGAGCUGGCCGUAGAGCAUGGUGUCCAAGGGAUAAUUGUGUCUAAUCAUGGGGGCCGGCAACUGGAUGGAGGGCCUGCAACGAUAGAUUGUCUACCUGAGAUAGUAGAUGCAGUGCAGGGCCGGGUCGAGGUCUACAUGGACGGAGGGAUCCGUACGGGCAAUGAUGUGCUGAAGGCCAUAGCCUUGGGAGCCAAAUGUGUGUUUAUUGGCAGACCAGCAAUAUGGGGCCUGGCUUACAAGGGAGAGGAAGGAGUCAGAGAGAUCUUACAGAUUCUACACGACGAGUUUCGCUUAUGCAUGGCGCUGUCAGGUUGCCGAAAUGUUGCUGAGAUCAACAGGAACCUCAUUCAGUUCUCCAGACUUUGAACAGCAAAGAGGACUUUAGUAAUUUCUGCUUUACCACUGACAGCAAAGAUCCAGUUCAUCCACUAUUAAUUCUAAAUGUAUUCAAGAAAAACUGUUGAUUUAAGUCACAUUUAGCAAAAAUGACAUAUUUACAUAUGUUCAGAGUGUAUGGAUGGUUUUAGUACAGUAUUUUUAUUCCAGUAAACACUAUGCACGGCACUGUAUAAAUUCCACACUAUUUUGUCUAAGAGUGAAUUAUUUUAGUACCAAUGAAUCUCCAAUCAGAAAUUGUCAAAUGUAUUUAUAUAGUGCUUUUUAAAAUACAAAUUGCUGCAAAGCAGCUUUAUUGUAGUAAAGAGAAAAACAGCAGCAAAAUUGUUCAUUCAGGAUUCAAAUGUUUCGGUUCUCAUAAUUAUGACAUCUAUUUCAACUAUAAAGCAGUUAUGCAGAAGAUAAUAAUCCAGUAAAUGACCUAUUUUGUGCUUUACAUGCUCCACUGUAUGGCAGAAACUAAUUCACAGGACUGAGUAAGUCCGUAAUGCCCAAAGUCAACAACGCUAUCUUAUGUAAAUUAAAUAAUGUGCAGUUAUUUAUCAAUUUAUCAUCAGUACUGAAACAAUUGAACAUUAAAAUAUCCAGUGUGGCAAUACUAAAUAAUACAAAAAUUCUCUAAAAGUAAU